GUUUUGUUGGUUUUUGUCAGAGAAGGAUUAGCACUGAGAGAGAGAGAGAGAGAGAGAGAAGGAAUGAUAAAGGGAGGUGGAGAGGAAUUGUGCGAUGACUUUGCAAACACGGAGGACGUGAGACAGAGAGAGAACGAAGCACCGUUGAAGUAGAGACGGAGUAGAGGCAGAAGUGUGAGAGUAGAUUCAGUGGAACUGCGGUACACACAUGGAUGGAGUGGAUAUGAAUGUCUCACUAGCCCAGAGUGAGGACUUAUUGGCGGCCUCUGGGUCCGUCACAGUCCGCAUCUCCCAAUCCUCCGGCGCCUCCCUCGUCUUGUCCGUUCCGAUGGGUGCCGCGGUUGAGGAGAUUUCCCAAGAGGGAACUGGCUGCCAGCAGUGUCACUGUGACGACCCAGGGCCCAAGUCUGAGCAGGAGAGGAGAGCCUCUCCUCGUAGUGCGGCAGAGUGGGAGAGGAUUCAGGACCCCCCUGCGGCCAGGAGCCUGGUGGAGGAGCAGAAAGCUCCGGAAGAACAAAAGCCAGGCCCGCUCGAGACGGAAGGGCCUCAGGGCCCAGAGCUUGGGGAACAAAAGCCAGACCAGCUGGAGACGGAGGGGCCCCAGGGCCCAGAGCUUGGGGAACCAAAGCCAAGCCAGCGUGAAACGGAGGGGCCCCAGGGCCCAGAGCUUGGGGAACCAAAGCCAGGCCAGCUGGAGACGGAGGGGCCCCAGGGCCCAGAGCUUGGGGAACCAAAGCCAAGCCAGCGUGAAACGGACGGGCCCCAGGGCCCAGAGCUUGGGGAACCAAAGCCAGGCCAGCUGGAGACGGAGGGGCCCCGGGACCCAGAGCUUGGGGAACCAAAGCCAGGCCAGCUCGAGACGGAGGGGCCCCAGGGCCCAGAGCUUGGGGAGGAGGCCCCGGGGCCUAAGGACGUGGCGUGCGAUGCCUGCCUGGAGAGCACCCCCCACAAGGCUGUCAAGUCCUGCCUCACCUGCCUGGUGUCCUACUGCCAGGCUCACCUGAGGCCUCACCUGGAGAACAGCAAGUUCCACAACCACCGGCUGGUGGAGCCGCUGCGGGACAUCGAGCGGCGCACCUGCGAGGGCCACGGCCAGCCCCUGGAGCUGUACUGCCCGGCCGAGGCCUGCUGCGUCUGCGUCUGCCAGGAGUGCGAGGAGGCGGCGCACCAGGGACACGCCCUGAUACCCCUCACUGAGGCCCGCAGGGACAUGGAGAAAGAGUUGCAGGAGAAGGUAGAGGAUAUGAUGAAUAUGGUAACUGCUGUCGAAAAGGCCAUCAACAAGCUGCAGACCAACACAAUCUCAAUCAAGAGCUCGGUGACGGAGGUCCGCUCCGGGAUGGAGCUGCGGUUCGCCGCGCUGCAGGCUGCCAUGGGGAAGGUGCUGGAGGACGUGAGGGAGAUCCUGAGGGCGGAGGAGAGGCAGGCGGUGCAGCGAGCGGAUGGCAUCCAGACCCACCUGGAGAAGAAGCUGAGCGAGGUGCACCGGGCCCAGGCCAGAGCCGAGAAGCUCUCCAGGAACAAGAAUGAUAUCGACUUCCUGGAGGAAUACUCCCUGUGGAGGAAGGAUGUCGUGGACGUCACUGUGCCCAGCGUCUACAUUGGCCUGAUAGAUCGUCUGGCUGUCUUUGACCACAUGGUUACAGAGUCAACCCAGGAGCUGAGUGGCCAGCUGCUGCCAGCUUACAGGGACAAACUGAAAGAGGCCUUCAAGUGUGUGAAGCUGGGUGUGAAAAGCACAGCCGGCGUCCUCAAUACGGGCCCGAGUGAGGAGCCAGAGCCAGAGACUCGAGAAGACUUCCUUAAAUACGGCACCGUGCUGAGCUUUGAUGCAGACACGGCGCACAGCUACCUGCGGCUGAUGGAGAAGAGCAGGAAGGCCACCAACACCACGCCCUGGCAGCACAGCUACCCGGACGGGCCGGGCCGCUUCGCCCACUGGCGGCAGGUCUUGGCCGCCGAGAGCUUCUGCCUGGGCCGGCACUACUUCGAGGUGGAGUUUGGCGGCGACGGCGUGCACGUGGGGGUCACCUACAAGAGCAUCGACCGCAAGAGCGAGAAGAGCAAUGGCUGCAUCACGGGCAACGACUUCUCCUGGUGCCUGGAGUGGAGCGGGGCCUUCUCCGCCUGGCACAGCGAUGUCGAGACGCCCCUGAAGGUCGCAGAAGGCUUUAGCAGGAUCGGAGUCUACGUGGAUUACGACAAGGGGCUUCUGGCCUUCUACGGAGUGAGUAGCUCCAUGACGCUCAUACAUAAGUAUCAGGCCGAGUUCAUGGAACCCCUGUACCCCGCCUUUUGGCUCUCCAAGAAGGAGAACGUAGUCCUGCUGGUCAGCCCCUGGGAUGACUUCCUCUCUCAACCACCAAAACCAUCGUCCCUUUGACUGAGCCAGCGGACAAACAUGCAGAAAUCUAGAGGAAAUGGCACACUACCAAAAGUAUUUAGCAUGGCUUGUAAUGGUUCACUACUGCAGUAUCUGCUGUCCGGCAAGCAACUGCAUACUACUAAAAGUUGAUAUUUUUUAAUAUUCUGAAUGCAAAGUGUGCAGAGACUCUUCGGGACAAUGUUACACUAUAAAUAAAUAAACUUGAAACUUGAAAUAGACUUGCCGAUGAAAAGACUUCAUUCUCAACAUGCUUCCAUUACAGUCCCCAGUUACAUACAAGUAAAGUACAUGUGAUCAGUCAGUGAUAGCUUUAAAUGUGAUUGAACUUGUGAUUGUAAUUGUAACUGUCAUUUAGAUGUCCUGCUCUGUACCUUUCCAUUAGAACAGACAUUAGAACAAUCUUUUAGUAGUGUUUCAUCAGCCUGUGGUAUGAGUCCAUAACACACAAUCUACAGAAGAAGUUGAAUAAAACAAAUGUCCAGUGAAAUGUUGCAGAAGGCUUCAGCAGGAUCGGAGUCUACGUGGAUUACGACAAGGGGCUUCUGGCCUUCUACGGAGUGAAUAGCUCCAUGACGCUCAUACAUAAGUAUCAGGCCGAGUUCAUGGAACCCCUGUACCCCGCCUUUUGGCUCUCCAAGAAGGAGAACGUAGUCCUGCUGGUCAGCCCCUGGGAUGACUUCCUCUCUCAACCACCAAAACCAUCGUCCCUUUGACUGAGCCAGCGGACAAACAUGCAGAAAUCUAGAGGAAAUGGCACACUACCAAAAGUAUUUAGCAUGGCUUGUAAUGGUUCACUACUGCAUUAUCUGCUCUCCGGCAAGCAACUGCAUACUACUAAAAGUUGAUAUUUUUUAAUAUUCUGAAUGCAAAGUGUGCAGAGACUCUUCGGGACAAUGUUACACUAUAAAUAAAUAAACUUGAAACUUGAAAUAGA